AUGGGCGGCACGGGUGGCAACCUCUACCUCAGCAUGUUGACCGGCGCCGCCGAGGCGAAGAGCCCCGAGGCGAACGGACACCUCCACCGCGGCGGGGCCAAGGAGCCGCACGGCCAGGACGCUCGCUUCUACUACCCGGACUCUGCGGCGGGCGGCCAGGACGCCCUGGCGCUGCAGCGGCACUACCACCCGGAGCAGGCGCUCGGCGGCUUCGGAGCGGCGCAGCCGGCCCGCUUUUACGCGCAGACGCUCGGCGGCUGCGCGUACGCGGGCGCGACGGGCUCGCCGCAGAGGAGCGCCGCCCGGCCGGGCUUCGGGGACGCGUACCCGCCCUCGCCGGACAGCUUCGGGGCGGCGGCGGCGGCGGGCUACCAGCGGGCCGCCCUGUACCCGCUGCCCGGCUUGCAGCUGUGCGGCAAGACGCAGGCGCUGCUCAACAACUACCCGCUGUGGGCCAAGUUCCACAAGUUCCACACCGAGAUGAUCAUCACCAAGCACGGCAGGAGGAUGUUCCCAUUCCUGAGUUUCAACAUCAGCUCGCUGGAUCCGUCGGCGCACUACAACGUGUACGUGGACGUGGUUCUGGGCGACCAGCACCACUGGCGCUACCAGGGCGGCAAGUGGGUGCAGUGCGGCAAAGCGGAGGGCAACAUGCCAGGAAACAGGACGUACGUGCACCCCGACUCUCCCAACACGGGCGCCCACUGGAUGAGACAGGAAGUGUCCUUCAGCAAGCUCAAGCUGACCAACAACAAGGGCGGCACCAACAACGUGGCGCAGAUGAUCGUGCUGCAGUCGCUGCACAAGUACCAGCCGCGGCUGCACGUGGUGGAGGCCAAGGAGGACGGCACCGAGGACGCCUUCCGCGCCUCCAAAGCGCAAACCUUCGUCUUCCCCGAGACGCAGUUCAUCGCCGUCACCGCCUACCAGAACGCCGACAUCACACAAUUAAAAAUAGACCAUAACCCCUUUGCCAAAGGCUUCCGUGACAGUUAUGACACCUUGUACGCACCGCCAGACCCCGAGCGCCUCACCCCCUCCCCCACGGAGUGCCAGCCCCUCCUGCCGGGGGGCUGCUACCCCGCGGGCUACCUGUCGGAGCCGUACAUCAGCCCCCUGCCCCAGAGUCGCUUCUACGGCCGAGAAGCGGCGGGGGCGGCGGCGGCCGGCCAGCAGCCCAAGGACGUCCCCGCCAGUCCGGGGCCGCACUGGUACCUGCCGUCCCAGCAGGCCGUCGCCCCCAACCGCCUGGACUUUGCGUCGUCCUUCGAGGGCGACUUCUCCGGCAACGCCCUCUACAAGCCCUUCCCCCUGCAGACCCCCCCGCACCCGGGCCUCAGCUACUAUCCCGAGCACCCGUUCGCCUCCACCAGCCUGUCCACCGCGGCGGGUUGGACCGCCGCCCGGGCCCCGCCUCAGUACCUGGCCAGUAAGCCCGCCCCCAGCCUGGCCUGGUUCCGCCCGCUGUCCUCGUCGCCCUCGUCGCCCGGCAACGCCAGGCUGCACGCCGCCGCGCUGGAGCCCCUCCCGCUGGCCGACAAGAGUAAAGACGGCGCCGGGGGCGAGGAGCACUGGCUGGAGCCGACCUCGGUGAAGUCGCCCGACUCGGUGGACUCGAUCCCGUUUGAGGCUGGCUCGGGCGACGUCAAGAAGAGGAGGUUGUCGCCCUACGCCUCCAGCACGGAGAACUCGCCGCCGCCCAAUCGCGGUGCCCAGCUGUGCGACAAAGACGCCGACUACUUUGGCUAUUACACCCACUGAGCCACACUUUUGCCCACCCGGCCCCCUGAGCCACUUGAGCAUUUAUUCAGUAUCCUUGAUAUCCAGCCCGAGGUCCGUGUACUAGUACGCCUUUUGUCCUCACUCGUAAGACAAUUGAGAACACUGGUAGAACAACUCUGUCUUACCAGUACCGUUCUUUCCACUACUAUUUGACAUUUCUGCAUACCAGUCAGGCAACUGUAGGAAACUAGUAGGAAGGGGUUGAACCGACGACUCGACGAGUUGAUCGGUCAAUUUUACUACACCGCAUCGACGUGUAUUUGUUUAUAUGCCGAACCGUCAAAAUGUCUUUACGUGAAACCGGUCCGUGGCGCAAAAAAGGUUGGGGACUGCUGUUGUACUGUGCUGAAAUAAUAUCAACGAUGUAAUCCAUUAAUCGACCUUGACACAACUUUCAUCACAUUAUUGUCACGGAAAAACUCACCUACAGUGAACCCCCGCGAAGUGCUGCUGUGAGUAGCGAAAAUCCGCCCACCACAAAAAGUUUAGAUUUGCCUUCAGAUGCCGUAAGAUGGCGGCAAAGCAAUUUUUGCCUCUUGGACCAGGUUAUGGCCUGACUAAAUGAACCUCCUCCCCUCAGUUCAGCUUAGGUGCUUGGCAGCAAGAUGCCACCAGAUGGCGCCAAAGCAAUAUUUUUAUAUUAGACAUGACUUUGGCCUAAGCACAAAAACAGCGAAUAAUGGAGGACAGCUUCCACCCCAAAAAAAUUUGCAAUGAUGCAAAUUUGUACAUUUCAAAGAGUGGGUAUCAUUACUAGUAUGACGCAGUCAUUCUACCAGUGCCAUGAAUUGUCUUACUCGUUAGGACAAAACAACAUUAACGCUGAUGUCGUACAAUAACGUCAUAAGUGGCACAAAUUGUGGAAAAAAAACACAGUAAGACACAGUCGUUCUACCAGGGGUGUAAAUUUGUCUUACGAGUGAGGGCAAAGAGUCUGCCAGUACCGGGACCUUAAGAUGGACAUCGAAGAUAUCCAGAAUAAAUGCUCAAACGGGUUACCAAUCGCAGGAACACAUUUUCGUGCUUUGACUUUCAGAAUUUGAGGACGCCAAGCGGAUGUGACUGCUCCUCUGGACAAGGGCUUCCUAAA